CAAUGGGGCAUCAUCCUCGACUGUGGCUCCUCUGGCACACGCGCCCGUGUCUUCAGCUGGCCGGAGAAGGGGUGGAGCAUCACCGAGGCGGAUGUCGAGCUUGAAAUUGAGCCAGGCAUCUCGUCGUUCGCCAACAACCCGGAGGCCUUGACCGCCUAUCUCGCUCCCCUUCUGGACCAGGCCCGCCUCGCGGUACCAGACCCGAGUACUACAAAAGUCCGGGCUUUUGGCACGGCGGGAAUGCGUCUGUUGUCCGAGAUGGAGCAAGUGCCUAUCUGGUCGGCUGUUGAGGCGGCAAUCACAGCUUCUGGCUUUGAGUUUGCGGCGGCCCACACCAUCGCCGGUGGAUACGAGGGCCUCUUUAACUGGCUUACGAACAAGUACGUUCUCCAGACAACGCUCGGAAAGGAUGUGUUCCUGGGCUGCCUCGACUACGGUGGGGCGUCCUUUCAGGUCACGUUUGCGCCGGCAAGUGGAGUCAUCCAAGAUUUUGGCUACCGCCUAAGGGUUGAUAGCUCCCAAGAGCGCGUCUACUCGUACUCAUACAUGCGGUCCGGGCAAGAUCAGGCGAUGCUGCGCUAUGCAAAGGCGUUGGCAUCCAGGAGCCAGGAAAGCCCGAUUCUAGACAGCCCGUGCCACAAUCAAGGGUUCAACUCUUCCAUGAACGUGGCGGGCGCUGGCGAACGCACCCUUCGUGGCACAGGCGACUAUAGCAAAUGUAAAGAGCUCACACAAGCGCUGCUUAACCAGCAGAACGAAUGCCUGCUUGAGCCGUGUGCUGCACAAGGCGUCUAUCAGCCGCCGCCCACUGGCGUCAAGUUUUGGGCUCGGGGUGCGCUCUUCUUCACAGCCAACGGGCUCGGGCUCGUCGAUUGGGGCGACGCACAGGCACUUUCGACCAACCAAAUCAGCGCAAAGGGCGCCGAGUUUUGUGCAAAGCCAUGGGCCGACGUCGCGUCCAAGUAUUCGCAGAGCUACUGCUUCUCGAGCGCAUACAUCGUGGCAAUGCUCAACGCGUAUGCCUUUCCGCCCAGUGAUGAAACGGCGGUUGUGUACUCACGCAAG